CACGUCAUACGAGGUGGAAGUUGGUCAUGGUCGUCCGCCAAACGGAAAGCCGCCAUGAUGGCUUUCUGUAAAGUACGCUCAAUAUGUAAAGUUUCGUUAUUGUUUUUCAUUAAUUGUGACUGAGUGCGUGCAAAAAUUAACCAUGGGAACGAACUAGAGUGUGCAAAGUUCAGUUUACGGUCCUUUGGGACCUCCUGGAGGAGCUAUAAAGUGUUUUAUAAGUGCAUUUUUGUGUCGACGCUAGCGUGUUUUGUUCUGUCAACAAAAUGUCGAAGCUCUCGUUUAGGGCGAGGGCCCUGGAUGCGUCGAAACCAAUGCCCAUAUAUCUCGCCGAGGAGCUUCCGGAUCUGCCGGACUACUCGGCGAUUAAUCGUGCAGUACCUCAAAUGCCCUCUGGAAUGGAAAAAGAGGAGGAAAGUGAACACCACCUCCAGAGGGCUAUAUCCGGCACAGGGCUGAUCAUACCAACACCAGAAGUAUGCGAGGUCAGCGACCUCGAGUUCUACGCGCGAUGCUACCCGCCCGACUACAAAAUGCCCAAGCAGCACAUACAUAUGCAGCCGCUAUGGGAGGAGCAGGAGGCGCCGGAGUACGACAUCGACUCGGAGGACGAGAGGUGGCUCAAACAGCAGAGGCACCCCGAGCUCACAGAGCUGAAGUUCGAGCAGAUGAUGGACAAGCUGGAGAAGAGCUCGGGCCAGACGGUGGUGACGCUGAACGAGGCGAAGCUGCUGCUGGAAAGGCACGACGACCUCGUCAUCGCCGUGUACGACUACUGGCUCAACAAGCGGCUCAACACUCAACAUCCGUUGAUCCUGUCGGUGAAGACUGAGAACCGAAUGGGCCAGUCUGCCAACAACCCGUACUUGGCGUUCAGGCGGCGCACUGAGAAGAUGCAGACCAGGAAGAACAGGAAGAACGACGAGAGCUCGUACGAGAAGAUGCUGAAGCUGCGGCGGGACCUGGCGCGCGCGCUGUCGCUGCUGGAGCUGGUGGCGCGGCGCGAGCGGGCCAAGCGCGAGCUGGUGCGCCUCACCGCGCUCAUCGCCGAGCGCCGCUACGCCGCCGGCGACUUCGCGCACCACCUGCACCACGACCCGCCGCCCAGGCCCGUGUACACGGCGCCGGUGCCGAUCCCGACGCCGAACUUCCGCCGCGAGCCGUACCCCGCGCCGCACUACCCGCCGCCCACGCCCGUCGACCAGCCCAGACAGCGCGAGAAGCGUCCGUACAGGAGACGGAAACCAAGGCUCGCCGUCGGCUCCGCGCAGGGGCUGCGAGAUUCCGGUGUGUACUCGUCCUCGGAGGAGGAGAGCGGGUCGCGGGCGGAAGCUGCGUCGCCUCCGGACGACGGGCCCUUCGCGUUUCGACGCAAGCCCGGUUGCUAUUACGAAAUGCCUACGGCGACGUUGUACGGCGACCCUGUGGAUCCGGACAGUCCGUCGAAGGAAGGCCUUUUCGAGCACGAGCUGGAUGAACGGUACAGGUACACGCUGACGUCGGUGUGGUCCGCGUGGUCGCGCUGCGCCGGGCUGUGCCGCGCGCGCGCGGGGCGCGGCGGGCGCGUGGCGCUCGACCGCGUGCGCACGCCGCUCGACGACCUGUGGCCGCACCUCACCUUCCCGCACCGCACGCGCCGACACGCGCAGCUGCACGAGGAGAUGGAGCUGGAGACAAAGGUGCAUCGAACGCCUAAAGAGUUGGUCAGGGAUUACCACGAGAGCGGCAAGUAUCCGUGGAGGCGAGCUUUCAGACGACACCUCGCGCGCAACCCAGACCUCUGGACGUGUCCCGUCAAGGAAGAGGACACCAAACCGGCGCUCGAUUGCCUGAAGUCAGACACCAAACUCAACUUCGACGACAUCCGGCACUCGAUCGAAGACACCAAACCAAAUCUCGCCGACAUCAAGCCGACAGACGAGAGCCGACAAAACCUCUCGGGCAUAAGGCCGACGAUCGAUGAGAUACAACCCAGUCUCGACAUGAGGCCGCUGGAUGACGUGAGACCGUACUUGGACGAGGUGAAGCCGGAGCCGAUGGACGUGUCGGAUGUUAAAAGUGAUAUUAGUGAUAGUGCAAGGACUAUAGACGAGUACGUGAGAGAGAAUCUGCGGCGGGUGAUCAGGAAGCGCACGUACAGCGCGUGCAGCGACACCAGCUACGACUCGGACGAGAGUCUGAGCCCGGUCGAGCGCGAGUUCCGCUCCUUCAUCGACGAGGUACACAGCAAAUGGUUACAUUUCCGGCCGAAAACGCCUCCCCCAUCACCGCCGGUGAAUGACAAGCUGUUGGGUGAGGUGGCGCUCAACGUGGACACUCCGAUGGCGGUGGAGUUGCGGCUGCUGGGCGGCGGGCCGGCGGACAAGGGCGGCGGCGGAGACUGCUUCACGUCCUCCGAGUUCAGCCUGCGGUCGCUGCGCGGCGAGGAGCCCGACUCAGUGGUGGACGUCAGCGAUGAACUGCUGCCGGACAACUUUGCAGUUUUCACCGACGCGCAAAUGGAGAGCAUCCUCUCGGAGACGGAUCUAAAGGCGCUCGCGGACGACGACGAGCGCAAGAUGAACAUAUCCGACGACAUACUGGAGCAACUCGUCAAGGACGUGGACGGGAAAGAGCCUUUUUUACUGCAAGGCCAGAGUUCGGAUGGGCGUACCGACUCUGGCUACAAGAAGAAAAAGGGCGACUCGUUCGGCUCGUCGCAGGUGCACGUGUGCGCGGCUAGGCGCGAGUCCAUAUACCUAUCGGCGCAGGAGCCCCCGCCGCCCCCGUCCCCGCCGCCGGCGCCGGCCCCCGCCCCGACCCCUGCAGCAGCCCCCACCCCGCCCGCCCCCGCCCCGCCCGCCGCAGCGCCAGCGCCCGUACCCACGCAGAACAUCAUACUCGAGGAGGUCAAUGAGGUGCCAAUUAAACUUGAGAAGAAGAGGAAAGAGGAGACCCUAGAAGAGGUGCAGCUCGCACCGGGCGUUCAACUGAAGACUGUGCAGACGAAGCACUCGCCGCUGAAGAAGCACAUCAUAACGUCCGCGCCGCGCCGCGCCAGCGACGACGUGCCGCAGAUACUCACCGUCGCCGUCUCCGAUAGCCUCAAGGUUCGCUUACAGAAUCAUCUACUGUCGACGCAGGCGGGCGUGUUGGUACCAAACGGUCCGUUCCCGCCAGUCGCCGUCGCCGUGCCGGUGCAGCCUGUUAGAGAUGGUGGUGUGCCGGGUGUGUCCGGCGUGUCCGCGGUGUCGGGCGUGUCGGGCGUGAGCACGGUGGUGGCGGGCGUGUCGGCGGCGGGGUCGGGGCGGCGCGUGUCGGCGCCGCUGGUGCAGCUGGCGCCGGCCGCGCUUGCGCACAAGCCGCUGCAGCUGCACGCGCACGCCGCGCACGCCGCGCACGCCGCGCACGCCGCGCAGCCGCUCGUCGUCGCGCCCUCGCACGCACUGCACCACGUGCAGCCCAACAAGCUCAAGGUGGUGCACGCGCAUUCGUUGACACAUUCUCAGCGUACGCAGCUCUUGGCACAGAAUCGCGUGGCGCAUUUACCCACAGUGGUCUCGCUCGCUACGCUGGCAGACGCCAAGGCUCCCAACGCAGCGCUACUGAAGGCGGCGCCCGGCUCCGUCGCACAGCUGUUGGAGAUCAAGAGCGGGCAGCUCGGCAAGGGAACGCACCUCGUGAACGUUGUGCGGCACCCCACGCCCGGCAAAACCACAGUCGCGCGGCUCGAUAUGAAUGACAAGAAGCGACAGGUGGUAGCGUUUGAUGGCGCCAUCAAGUCGGCCGUUGCCACACCCGCCACCGCCACCGCGACCGCUACGCGGCCGCACCGUGUCAGCGUCAGCCUCGACGGGCGACAAAUCGUGCGCGCCUCGCUGCCCACACUGCCGCACGUGCGCCAUCAGAUCCAGCUGAAGAACCGGCUGCAGGUGUCCACCCCGCAGGCCCGCGGCGUCGCCGAGCCCUCCACGUCGAUCACAAUCGCGACGCCCUCAAAGCCGACAUGUCUACCGAGUUCUGUGGUCGCCAACCUGCUGCACAAAAACGUGCAGAUACCGAAGAGUGGACAGAAAAUCGCGAUUUCCGGUCCCGGCGCGCAGGCACUGUCGGCCAACAUGCCGACCAUCGCGUUCACCACCGCAACUCAGCUCAAGGCGCGCCAAGCGAGACUCAUCGCGCAGCCACGAGCUGCGCCAAUUGCUGAGAUGGUGGAGGGCCGCGCGCCGCUGAGCGCGGGGCUGGGCGCGGGGCUGGGCGCGGGGCUGGGGCCGGCGACGCUGCCGGCGGGGCUGGCGGCGACGCGCGGCGGCGCGCUGGCGGGGCUGGCGGCCGACGCGCCCCCGGCCGACGCCGACGACGCCGCCACCAACGGCGCCGUGCGACGCCGCGCCGCCGACACGCUGCCCAUGGAGGUCACGUGACAAACCACCGCCGCCACCCGGACCGACUCAUCCACACCACACCACCUACCCAUACUAGUGUUCUAGCCAGUCUUAUACGAGCACCGAGCGGAGUAGUGUUUCGCGCGUUUUUUUUUUAUUAUUUUUUUCUCGACUCUCGUUCGCCAUUUUUUUAACGCCCCAGGCGUUUUGUAAAUAAUUAUUUAAAUAAAACAAUUUGUAGAAAAAUUUUGUGAUAUUAAAAAUAAUGUAACAACAUUCUUUUGUAAUUUUUUGUUUUAUUGUUAAGUUACUUUUAGUAGGCGCCAUUUUGUGUCGUGACGUCAUUAAGAUGGCGCGCCGCAGCGCGGGAAACACUGCGCCGCGACACGUGUAAUGCAAUUAUUUUACUACGUUUAUGGGUAUUUAACAGUUUUCGUUUUGGUCUUUAUGCGAGUUCAAAGGUUAUUUUAUUGGACGAUGCGUCGCUUCGAUAUGUUUAAUGCGCGCCAAAAUAUGUACUGAUAUUGCUCCUACAUAAUGUUUGUUUCUCCUACAUAAGACUUCGCUUAAGUUAUUCGGGAUCUAACAGCAUCAUCGCAUUGCUACCAGCUCAUACCAUGCUCCGUAGGAAAUCAGUUGUAGUGUAUAAAUUUGCAAAUACACGCGAUUUUUAAAAUGCAAAUAAAAUACUCUUAAUAUUGUUCACAAAUAAAGCCAAAUAAUUUUACUAAAUGAGGACUGUGUAAUGUGCAAAAUGAUAGUUAUUCGCUUUUAUCUUUUUUAUAUUGUUUCGACACAAUUUGCAAUGUCUAUUGAUUUCUCGGUAAAAAUACCAUUUUUAUUAUAUUAUGGUCUUUUGUUAUUUCAGCCACGAUCUUUAAAUUGCAUCGUAGUUUACGUAGUGCCUAAAUUUAAAAAAAAUUAUUCAAUCAAUACGUCACAAAAUUAUUUCUAAUAAACAGACCCAUCACACCUUUAUUCUCUAAAAUGAAUGUGCAACCAGAGCACCCACUUUUCGUCUAGUAUGUACCGUCCCAUGAUGUGAUAGGGGGCGAGCCUGUCCUGACUCCGGGCUAAUACUGAGCAAAAAUUCCCCAAUAUCGCUGCCCGACACAGGAUCCUAAAGCGGUUUAGUACCGCGCGCAAUACAACUACACCACUGAGCCAAGUUUUAGUAACAUUGUCUUAUUCUAUCGCUUUACUUACUAUUUUCUCUGUCAAAUGUCAAUAAUCGAAUCUACCCUUCAAUCUAGCGACAUCAUUUCAUGGAGGUGCCCAUAACCAUCCCAAAGACUCGGAAAUGGAUUUCACCAGAAAAUCCUAAGCUGGCGUAUCGAUUAACCGCCGAAUUCGAAACAAUGAUCCAAUCGCCCUUUUUUGAUCUUAGUAAAGUUUAUUUAACACGCUUACAAACGACUUCUUUAUAUUAUUUUACAGUUAUGGAUCAAAGAUUAACAUCGUUUAUUGAAAUCGGUCGCAAGACUUUCUCAAUAUAAGAGUAUUGAGUUUUAUUUUUGUUACAAAAAAUACACCCUGUAUAAAGCUGGUAGCAAUGUAAGAUUAGACAAAUAAUCUCUAGUUCUCAUAAUAUUUUCACAGUGUAAAUAAUCCAAAAAUGUUACCAAAUCGACAGUACAUUCUAACCCUUAUAUACCUCACGUCUUUGUUAAAUUAAAAGCUACAUUUCUGGCGUAUUUGAGCGAAUGUUUGCGUCAUUUGGCUAAUGCAAUAAUAUAUAUAAUUGAUGUGUAAAUCAUAAAGCAAAACCCAGUACAAUAUACAUUGAUUCUUUACUUAUUUUUUUCAGCCUAUUCAAUACUAUUUACAUAAAUAUGGGUUCAAUAUUAUUUUUCUGAUUGCCCCUUGAAAUUAUUGCUGUAUUUUGUUCCUACAAUGCAAUUCAAUAUCUCAUUGAAUUGGCCAAGCGAAAAUAAUUGCUUAAACGCCAAAUGUAGUACUCUCAUGACGGUUAAUAGAAAAAUCUAGUAUAUUAGUGAACAAUAAAGUUCAGUUCGUCAUAGCAAACUAAUUCCUUACUUAUAUUUCGCUGAAUAUGAUUUUCAGUGGACUUUGAACGCAGAUUAUUCAUUACCCGGCCGGUAACAAAGAAAGUAUGUUUUUUGUUCAAUUAUAAAUAUUAGGGUAUGUCGAAAAAUAUAUAAUUGAAGGGCGCAUUUUUUUAUUUAAUAUGAAAUUAGUCUGCAUAUUUAGUUUCUAAUUUUUUCGAUCUUCAAAUGUAUUCAGUAAAAUUUUUGGGGGGUCAAAUACCCCCCGAUUAUAGCGCUCAAGAACACAACGAUGCAGGUGCGAUCCACGUGGCUAUGAACCACAAAUAUCAAAAUUAUACUAGGAAAAAUAUCCAGUCCAUUAUGAAAAUUAAGUACUGGUUGUACACGGACAUUAAAUUUAACCAAAAUGUCAGAAAUUUGUGUAGAGGUGCAUACGUGACGACAUUACCUCGGGUUAGGCGGGGAUAUGAUAUGCAUUGUAUAAGACAAUAGUCUAAUCUAAAUAUAUAUAAUUGCUAGGUAAAUUUAAUGUUCAUUUAGUUAUGUAAGUAUUCUACCCCUUCUAGUUCUCAAUAUUUUUCCUUGUCUAUUUCAAUUGAGUACAAUUUGUUACUGUAUAUUUUUUGUAACGGCAUUACGAAUUGUAUUGCUCCGUUCUCAGCGGCAAGAGUUAAAUCCCGUUACGUAUGCAUUACCUCUAAACAGUUUUGGACUUGAUAUUUCACGAUUCUCGGCUUCAAAAAAGUAAUAUAUUGAAAAGUGAGUGAUCUAAAGUAAAAAAACUUAUGAGUGGAUAAGUUUUCUCUCAUCGUCCCCUAAUUUAAUUGGAUCUACAUACAUAUGUCAGUGGUGUAUUUUAAGAUUGCGUCAUCGCAUCGCUUGACAUGUUUCAAAGUCCUUUUAAAUUACGGUAAAGGGAAACGGACAUAAGUGACUCGCCAGUUAAAUGCGUAGGGGCCUCAAAUGACCCCAACAUUAUUGACCCAAAAUCAACAAACGCUCGCAACUGACCGACACUACCGCGGAAGUGUUAACCGUAGUAAUACAAACUUCAAUACUUCAUUACGUGGCUGUGACAUAGGUAAUAUCGCGGACUGUAGGCGACCCGACGGCAAAUGUCAGCUCUGGAUUGCGUAUGAUUUGGGAGCCUGGAGUGUAUUCAGAAUUGGGCUCAACUACUCCACAUUCUGGGAAAACGAUUACCCCUUGAAUCACGAAAAACAAGCAGUUUGUACUUCUGUAGAAUUCGGUUUGGUUAGGUUAGGUUAGAAUAAACCGAGCAGAAUACAAAUGAACAAGUGUGCGUUUUGAAUUAUACCGCGCACGUAUUGUUUGUAGCUUUAUGAUCAUCUUAAUAUUUGUAAUCAUUUUAUUUAAUACAAAAGAACGCAACCGUAUAGGUGCCUACUAUGAUUUAUGAUUUAUUGCUACAUUUAUAUUACAUUAAUAAAAAAAAAAAAAUGCAAUUCUUCAAAGUUGCUCCUUGAUUUAUACCAAACUCAUUAAAAACCUUAUAACGCCCGCAUAUUGAAAGCUAUUAAAUAUUUAAAAACCAACAAUAUUCAAAGAUAACAUACUUGUAUAUCGGCGAAAGAAUUUUCAGAAUCUAGGCUUUCGUUCUAGAUAUUUUAAGAACGGAUAUAAUCCAGAGCUGGCAUUUACACUCGGGCGUUCCUUAAAGGGAUCUAUAGUUAUAUCUAAUACAAUAAACGAAACGAGGCACGUAUCGUGUGUAUUUUAUGUAUUGACAGUGUACAGUAACUCCUUUGAUUGUAUACAUGUUGGACAAUAGUUUAGGGCAGCCGAUACAGGCGCUCAAUUAGACUGGCUAGUAACUUAGUCAGUUUUCCUUUGCAUUCGUUAAAUUUUUUUAUAAUAUUUUUUUCUGCUAAAGCAUCUCAAUUUGUCUACAUAAUCAAAACACAGGCAAAUUCCUCAAACAAUACUUGUUUGAAUUAUCGGUAUCUCAAGGCAAUUCCAUACGUGUAUACAGUCAAAGGAAAUCAUUUAUAAUAGUUUUGUGUAAACUGGCCGGUCCAGUGUAGUUAGCGACAGAUACAAGGUCGUAGCUAGGUUAUACUAGAUUGAUGUGUAAGUAGUAUUCAUAUAAGUCAAGGGAUAUAAUAUUUUUUGGGGGUCCCGCCCCCCUUCUCCGCCCAGCUACGGCCCUGGAUAGAUAUAGAGCAACACUUUAUAAAGAUGAGAUGGCAGAUCCUUGCAAAAAAUAACGUGGGCCCUGAUUUCCAAAGUACAAACUCAUUUCUUGCAUAUUAGUGCCGGAAAUUAACAAAAAGAACUAGUAGGCUUGGAAAGAUAAUAACAAAUACGCAAUAAAAUUUAAGUUGCGGUUUCUAUAACGGGACUUUUGUGAUACAUCCGGUCUCAAAUGAAAAAAGUUUAAAUCGGGCUUCUGAGCUUAGGCUCUUAAAUUUUUAUUUGGUUUUGGUCAAUACUGGCUAAUAGGUUUAAAUAUAAGAAUGCCUAUAAUUUUCUAAUUUGCUUUAGACUCUUAUUUGUUAAUAAUUAUAAUUUCAAGAAGGCACGCUUAACGCCACGAAUAAGUUCUUUUGAGAAAAUUAUAUAAAACUUGACACUCCCUUGCAGAAAUAGCGCCAUGUAGGAACUCUACUGACAACAGAAUAUUACCAUGUCUGACAUCCGUAGUCUAGUAUAAUACACUUAAAAAUGCUCUCAAAAAGCGUCAAAAUGUUUAGCAAUCAUUCUUGCAAUGCGACCGAGUGUUCGCCAUCUCUGUCUACAAAAGUCUUGACUUUGUAAAGUGUUUCUUCAUAUCAGUUGCAUUAACUAUUUAUAUCAGAAUAAUAUUAAUUCAGUGUCAAAUUAUUCCUCUGUACGCUUGAUGAUCUGUAGAAUAUUCUUUCCUUAAGCGGUGAUCGCCGUCUAAUAGCCCCGUAUGAACGCGCGCUUAUGAUCUGUUCAUGUACUGAACUAUGUCAUGAAUAUACUUUAGAAUACGAGUACUAUCAGAAAUGAGCGAGUCCCAACAACAUUCCUAAUUACGUCAAUGGUUGUAGCGCGGUAUAAAAGGGAUGAGUCGUGUAAACACUUCACAAAACCUAGGCGUAUACAAGACAUAGGUGCGGUUUAGCACAGAAACGUCAAAUAACAUUUUGUAUUAAAUUCUGUCAUUCGCGCCUAAGUCAUACGUUGUAGUAAAUUUGGCUCCUAAUGAUAAUGAUUUCUUAUGUUUACGCGAAUGUUAGACAUUGAAAUUAAACUAAUUUUCGGAUUCUAUCGCAUAAUUAGUAAAUUUGGCUCAUAAUGAUAUUACAGGAGCCCGUUCGUGUGCAUACGCCUUUUUAUUAGGAUCGUAUAACAUUCGAUCAUUGCGUAAAUAUUUCCACUCUAACGCUAUCAGUAGUUAAUGCGCGUGAUUCCUUAUUGAUGUGAUGGUUGGGAGUUCAAAUUACAUUCGGUUUUCAGAAUUCUCUUAGGGUAAACAAAACAAUCACGUGACAUCGCGACCGCGCUUUCAUAGUAAUUGCAAUUGCAAAGACAUUGUGGUCUUUUUUUCGACAUGUUAUAGUAUGAUGAAUCUAAAUUGAACGAAAAGCGAAACAAUUUAAAUUUUCAUCAAAAAAUGUACUGAAGUAUUUAGAUUAAAAAGAAAUGACUAAAAUUACUUAGGCGAUGUCUAUAUCUCAUUAUAAUGUUUGACGUAUGUAUCCAAAUAUCAUUAUAUUAGCUCGUAGUUGUGGAGACAGCCACGUACGUCGCACGCGGUAGUGCGCCAGCGUGCGCGUGCGCGGCGCGGCGCGGGUGCGGGUGCGGGCGCGGGCGCGGGCGCGGGCGCGGGCGCGGGCGCGGGCGCGGGCGCGGGCGCGGCGUUUAUACAGGGACGAUUAGUCACUAUAACUCGUCUUUUUCUAUCGCCAUUCAUAGAUUAAAAAUGGAAUAUACGAGGUGUUAAAUCAGUAUUUUUUAUUGCACAUGACUUAUUUAUUUGCCGUGUUAAUCCGUAGUAAUAAUACAAUUUUCAAACAGUAAAUGUUUUUAUUGAUCGAUUUUCGCCUUGUAUAUGAAAAUGUAAAAAAAAAUGUAUUUUAAUAAAAAAAUCUCAAAAAAAUGUGUGAAAUAAAAUAUUCCAGUAAUGUUUAAAUAUGAUAAUGUAUUUAACCGCUGAAUGGUGAUUGCAGAACAAUUACUGGCAAAAACUCAGAGCUCUAAGUUAGGGUAGUUUCUUCAUCGGCGAAAUUUCAAUUUGUCCGUCAAAUCACUUGUAAUUAGAUAAACAUUAGCAGAAAAAAAAUCGAAAAAAAAUGUUUAAAAGUAUAUACAUAUAUGUAUGUAAUGUAAUGUAAAAGUAAAAUGAUUGUGAUUUAAACGUAGCUAAUGCGAGUAUAGCGGCACGCGCAUGUGCCGCCGUUUGAUGUUUUAAAAAAACUUUGCGGAACGUUUCUGGCGGGCGUCGGCGGCGGUCCCGAGAAACGAUCCGCCACAAAAAAACACGUAUGUAACAGUUUUAAACUAUGUCUAUACAUAUAUUAUUAGUAAGUAUCAUAUACUGUACAAAAGGCUGCAAAUUUGUGAGAAAAUGUAAAAAAAAAUGUGGCCCCCGUAGUUUGUGGGCGGGGAGUGGGGGGCCGUCACAUACGCUUAGUAAUGUGUUUAGGGGCGAGUGGCUCACGCGGCGGCGCUCGGUCAGCCGCACUGUGCGCCGCGACUCGCGCGUGCGAGCGGCGAGUGUGCGAGUCGUGGGGCGGCACAGUGCGCGCUGGCGCGUCGCCGCGGCCGAUUUGAGCCCGUAUAUUAAUCUAAACAUCGCUGUAAAUUGUUUGUAAAAAUAGUCACGUUCACACUCUCAGUGUAGUUUUGUUGAUUAUUUUUUUUCAACCGGAUAUUGCUGAAUAAAGCGACGAUUCUGUUUCA